AUGGGAGCCAAAUGUUCUUCGCCUUUGAAGAGGAAAUGGUUUUCCAGAAAAUCCGGUAAUGUCAAGAGGAAUUCAGUGGUGCCACUCCAAGUAAAAUCAGCAGAAGAUAUUGAUGGUCCAGUGAAUCUAUUGAGGACAAGAAGUCCAAAACUAUGUCCAGAGCUAAGUGUACCUUCAUCACCAAAAGAUCUAGAUGUACUUACAGUAAAGUCCAAAGAUCUAGAUCUAGCCGGCGGUGAAUACAAUGAAGAUGAUACUAGUAAUGUAGAACAUCCAGAAGUACAUUAUGAAGAAAUAAAAUAUAGUGUACCAGCUGAAAUCAAAACCCACUAUUUUAAUAGUUUUAGUCAAGAAUGGUAUGUUUACAAGAGAACACAACAAGUUCCUAUCACAGAAAUGAGGUCAAUGCCAUUAUGA